AUGCUAAUUAUCAGUACUCCAUUGUUAUCUGCACAUAAGUUUAAGGUCGGUGGGAAAGAUGGUUGGACAGUGAAAGCCUCGGGACACUAUGAAGUCUGGGCUAGUAGAAUCAAGUUUCUAGUCAGCGACACACUUAAUUUCAAGUAUAACAAACUAGUCGAUUCACUAUUGAUGGUAAACAAACAAGCCUAUGAUUCAUGCAACGUUACGAACCCAAUUCGUAAGAUGCAUGGUGGAGAUUCAACAUUUUUGUUGGACAAACCGGGACACUUUUACUUCAUCAGUGGAAAUGUUAAACAUUGCGUAAAGGGUGAAAAGUUGAGCCUUGUGGUUUUGUCCCACCAAGAACAUCAUGGACCAUCGUUAUCUCCAGUACCAGCAAAUGCUCCAACAUCAGGUGUGCACGACGGGAUUGCUCUGGUAUCAAGUGGUCACCACAUGGUUGCUCCAGCGCCACAUCAUGAUCAUUCGGGUUUUACGAGGUUGAGUGGUUCUUUUGUGGUCUGUGUUGUGCUGGCUUUAAUUUUAGAUAGCUUUGUUUUUUAG